UUGCCAUGGAAACGCCAGCAUCACAAACUGACUACACGUUGGAUAAUUUAUAAACGGAAACAAAAAAAAACAAAAAACAGACUGCACCAAAAACCAGCGCGAUGUCCGGACCGGAGGAGCGGGCUCUCCUGGAGCUGAACCUGCGGAGGGAGACGUGGUGUCGGGUGGAGGGACACCCCCGGCAGUCCUGGGAGAGGACCGAGAGGCGACACUACCGGAGACACCUGCGAACCAGCCCGGUCCUCCUCACCGCUCUGACCGCCGCCGCACCGCAGCAGCGCCGGGCGGCCUGCACCGAGCGGCCGCCUCCCGCCAAACUCCCGGAGAGACGGCACUUCGAGGAGAGCUAUGAAUCUCACCUGGUGUAGACGGCUGCAGCCUGACAAACAUGAACCUGAACACACCGCAACUUUCAGUAGUUUAUUAUUUCCACAAACAGAGUCGUGAAACUGUGCAACGAGAAUAAGACAUAAUAAAAUAAACCUGUUAAUACGAGCUCAUUCACAUGA